AUGCCGCGGAGGCGGGGUUGGGGCUGGGGCCUGCGGCGAGGGUGGCAUUCGGGGUGGCGCAGGACGCCCGCUUACCUAGGCGCGCAGGCGGCCGGGCACACUGAGGGCGGCGGCGGGGAGGCUGGCGGCGGACCAGGGGAAGCAGCCCGCCCGAAGCAGCAGGGAUCUGCUCUCUGCAGGGCCUCAGCCCUGAGCCAAGCAAGGAGGGCGGGAGGGGGGCUCGGGGCGUGGCCUGGGCGGGGCGUGGGCGGGGUCAUCACCGCGCUCGGGCCCCCUCAGCGCGAGCCACCUCUUCCCGGACCCCCGCCCCACGCAAGGUGGCCCCGCCCCCAGCCCCGCCCCGCUGCUCGCUUGGCCGGAGUCCAGCAGUACGUUUCGGGGCUUCCCUCUGCCUCCUGCCUGGCCCCUGCCCAGUUUACCCUGGGGGCAGCUGGCACCCAGCGCAAGCAGGGCAGACAACCAGCUCACAAUGAUGAUGCCUCCCGCCAAUCUGGGCCCUACGCCCACCUCAGCUUCCCAGCGUGGGGGCCUACGGAUCCCAGUCUUGUUAAGAAUCCAGAAGCCAGGUGCCAGGUGACUUUCCAACUUUGCUCCUGGAAUUCUCCUUGCCCGAGGGAGGGGGAGGCGGCUUCGGAGAAGGUGGAGGGCCUCCCAGCCCCCAUUUUCACCCGGAGCCCCAGGCCCUCCCUCGCUCCAGCCUCUCUCCCGCCCGAGAUUGGAGGCUACGAGGUGCAAACGCGCCCUCCCCCAAACUCCUCCCGCCCCCAACUCUGGGCUGGGAACUCGGCGGGGUCGGCCUCUCGAUUUCGCCUUCCCGCCCCGAGCCCCCAGCACUGCGGGAGCCGGUCGUGCAGCGCGGAGCCCCGCACGUCCACUCCCCGCGCGCCCCCACGCGCGCAGCCCGGCAGCCCGGCAGCCCCGGGCCCAGCCCCUUCCCCUCGCCGCCAUCCGCUGUGCGUCCGAGUGGGCGCGGGGACCCGAUGCCCAGGGUCCCGGGCGCUGGAGCGGGUUUGGGAGCUGCAGCUUCCCGUGCGUGCCGCGCGCUCCUUUGCGACUCAUUCAUUCGACAAACCCUGGGGCCUGGCUCUCGGAGGCAGGGGAGAGUGUGUGCGGUCUGGUCAGGCCAGGCUGGAGGACCUCCCCCGCAUAGGGACCCUUCUCUGGGCUGCCUUCAUCCUAAAGCAUUGCACCUCUUCCAAGAAGCCCUCCCUGACUGUUCACCUGGUCUAUGGUCCUCCAGAGUUGCCCUAUCCCAGCCCCUGCUCCUGGUUUUUUGGGGUGCCCCUUGGUAGUCAAGGCCGCUGGGACAGGGCCAUGGAAGCUGCAGGUCCUGGACGUGUGCGGAGGCGAGGCAGCCCUGGUGUCAUCUUGCAUGGGCCAAAUGUGUGUGGCUCUCGCUUUUAUGCCUUCUGCUGCCCCGGCUGGAGGACGCUGCCCGGCGGGAACCAAUGUGUUGUGCCUGUCUGCAGGAAUGCCUGUGCUGAGGGCUUUUGCUCCCAGCCCAACCUGUGCACCUGUGCGGAUGGGACACUGGCCCCCAGCUGCGGGGUAAGCCGAGGGUCGGGGUGUGCUGUGAGCUGCAUGAACGGAGGCAGCUGCCGGGGGGAGUCCUGUCUAUGCCAGAGGGGCUACACGGGCACCGUGUGUGGACAGCCCAUCUGUGAUCGCGGCUGCCACAAUGGGGGACGUUGCAUUGGGCCUAACCGCUGUGCAUGUGUGUACGGAUUCAUGGGGCCUCAGUGUGAGAGAGACUACCGGACUGGACCCUGCUUUAGCCAAGUGGGCCCUGAGGGGUGCCUGCGCCAGCUGACAGGCCUCGUGUGCACCAAGGCACUCUGUUGUGCCACUGUGGGCCACACCUGGGGCCUCCUGUGCGAGCCCUGUCCUGCACAACCACACCCUUGCCGCCGUGGCUUUAUUCCUAGCAUCCGCACAGGAGCCUGCCAAGAUGUGGAUGAGUGCCAGGCCAUCCUGGGCCUGUGCCAGGGUGGCAGCUGUAUCAACACAGUGGGUUCCUUCCAGUGCCGCUGCCCAGCUGGACACCAGCUCAGUGACAGUGGUGUUACGUGUGAAGAUGUGGAUGAGUGUCUCACUGUGCCCGGCCUCUGCUCCGGGGGUGGCUGCACCAACACAGUUGGGAGCUACGUGUGCACCUGUCCCCGAGGCUUUGCCAGCAGCCUGGAUGGAGCCCAUUGCCUGGACCGCCGGGUAGGCACCUGCUUCUCAGCACUAAUCGGGGGCCACUGUGGUGGAGACCUUCCUGGUCACUACACUCGCAGGCAGUGCUGCUGUGACAAGGGCAGGUGCUGGGCGACUAUCCCAGUCCCAGAGCUGUGUCCUCUGCGGGGCUCUGAUGAAUCCCAGCGACUGUGUGCCCGGGGGCUCCCGCUACUGCCCUCCUACCCUCGUCUCUUCCCCGGCCUCCCAGGCUUUGGAUCCAAUGGUAUGGGAUCCGUGGGACCAGCACAACAAGCCCACAUGCUUCCCAUGGGCCUGGGGUCCCCAGCCUGGGCCCUGGCACCUCCAACAUUGGUGAGGCCUAGGACUCAGGAAUACAGUUCCAAGACCAUGGGCACAGCCACUCUGAAUCAGACUAUCGACAUCUGCCGCCACUUCACCAACCUGUGUCUCAAUGGCCGCUGUCUGCCCACUCCCUCUAGCUAUCGCUGUGAAUGCAACUUGGGCUACACCCAGGAUGUGCGGGGCGAGUGUAUCGAUGUGGAUGAAUGCACCAGCAGCCCCUGUCGCCACGGUGACUGUGUCAAUAUCCCUGGCUCCUACCACUGCUGGUGCCACCAGGGCUUCCAGGCCACGCUCACCAAACAGAGUGUGGUGCCUCCUGACUGCUUGCCUGCCUUCCUCUCACCAGAUGUGGAUGAGUGCAUCAGCCGAGGUGGCCUUUGCCACCUGGGCCGCUGUGUCAACACGGAGGGGAGUUUCCAGUGUGUGUGCAAUGCAGGCUUCGAGCUCAGCCCUGAUGGCAGGAGCUGUGUGGACCACAACGAAUGUGCCGUCAGCACCAUGUGCCUGAAUGGUAUGUGUAUCAAUGAGGAUGGUAGCUUCACGUGUCUCUGCAAGCCUGGCUUCCUGCUGGCUCCUGGUGGCCACUACUGUGUGGACAUUGAUGAGUGCCAGACACCAGGCAUCUGCAUGAAUGGCCACUGCACCAACACUGAGGGCUCCUUCCGCUGCCAGUGCCUGGGGGGGCUGGCGGUGGGUGCAGAUGGCCACGUGUGUGUGGACACCCACAUGCACAGCACGUGCUAUGGGAUUGUGGAGCAGGGCUCCUGCACCCGCCCCUUCCCUGGCACUGUCACCAAAUCUGAAUGCUGCUGUGCCAACCCGGACCAUGGGUUUGGGGAACCCUGCCAGCUUUGUCCUGCCAAGAACUCUGCCGAAUUCCAGGCCCUCUGUAGCAGUGGACUUGGCAUCACCACAGAUGGGCGAGACAUCAAUGAGUGUGCCCUGGACCCUGAGGUCUGCACCCAUGGCAUGUGUGAGAACCUUCGGGGCAGCUACCGCUGCAUCUGCAACCUGGGUUAUGAGGCAGGCGCCUCAGGCAAGGACUGCAUAGAUGUGGAUGAGUGCGCCCUCAACAGCCUCCUGUGUGACAGCGGGCGAUGCCGAAACAGCCCUGGCAGCUACAGCUGCUCCUGCCCACAGGGUUUCAGCUUCCGCCAAGACACAGAGACCUGCGAAGACAUCGACGAGUGCUCCUCCAGCCCGUGCGUGAAUGGUGUGUGCCGGAACCUGGCGGGCUCCUAUGCCUGUGAAUGUGCCCCUGGCAGCCGGCUGGGACCCUCUGGGACCAUGUGUGUAGAUAGUACCAAAGGCACCUGCUGGCUGCAGAUCCAGGAUGGCCAUUGUGAGGUGAACCUACAGGGAGCAACUCUGCGGUCCGAAUGCUGUGCCACCCUCGGGGCUGCCUGGGGGAGCCCCUGCGAGCGCUGCGAGAUCGACCCCACCUGUUCACGUGGCUUUGCCCGAAUGAAGGGUCUCACCUGUGAAGAUGUGAACGAAUGUGAGUCCUUCCCUGGGGUCUGUCUGAAUGGUGGCUGCAUUAACACUAAAGGCUCCUUUCACUGUGAGUGUCCCCAGGGCCUGACACUGGACACCUCAGGCCGGCUGUGUGUUGACGUGAGGCUGGAGCUGUGUUUCCUGCAGUUUGACGAGGACUACUGUGGGGUCCCCCUGCCUGGCAAGUACCGGAUGGACGUUUGCUGCUGCUCCAUCGGGGUCUCGUGGGGAGCUGAGUGCAAGGCUUGCCCAGAGCCUGACUCCCCGGAGUUUGCCAGCCUCUGUCCCCGCGGGCUGGGCUUUGCCAGCCAGGACUUCCUGUCUGGCCGGCCCUUCUAUAAAGAUGUGAAUGAAUGCAAAGCGUUCCCUGGGCUCUGCACCUAUGGCACCUGCCGUAAUACUGUGGGCAGCUUCCACUGUUCCUGUCCCAAGGGCUUUGUCCUGGAUCCCCAGGAGAGGAACUGCACAGACAUUGACGAGUGUCACAUCUCCCCUGACCUCUGCGGCCAGGGCGCCUGUGUCAACACCCUGGGUAGCUUUGAAUGCGAGUGUUUCCCUGGCUACAAGAGUAGCAUCAUGCUGGCGAAAACCUGCAUGGACGUGGAUGAGUGUGUGAGGGACCCACUGCUCUGCCGGGGAGGUACCUGUACCAACACAGAGGGGAGCUACAAGUGCCAGUGUCCCUCUGGACAUGAGCUAACAGCCCAGGGCACUACCUGUGAGGAUGUUGACGAGUGUGCCCUGAGUGACGGCCUGUGUCCCCAUGGCCAGUGCGUCAAUGUGAUUGGUGCCUUCCGGUGCUCCUGCCACACAGGGUUCCAGGGCACACCUGACCGCCAGGGCUGCAUGGACAUCAAUGAGUGCCAAGUGCAGAAUGGUGGCUGUGACAUAUACUGUGUGAACACUGAGGGCAGCUUCAGGUGCAGCUGCAGUCAGGGCUACUCGCUGAUGCCUGAUGGGAGGGCCUGUGCAGACGUGAACGAGUGUGAAGAGAACCCGAGCAUCUGUGGCCAGGGCCAGUGCACCAACGUGCCUGGGGGACACCACUGCCUGUGUUAUGAUGGCUUCACCACCACACCGGACACAAGGACAUGUGUUGAUGUGAAUGAGUGUGACCUGAACCCCCACAUCUGUCUCCAUGGGAACUGUGAGAAUACAAAGGGGUCUUUUGUCUGCCACUGCCAGCUGGGCUACAUCUUCAGGAAGGGGACCAUGGGCUGCUCUGACAUGGACGAAUGUGAGCUGGGAGGGGACAACUGUGACAGCCACGCCUCCUGUCUCAACAUACCUGGGAGUUUCAGCUGCAGGUGUCAGCCAGGCUGGGUGGGGGAUGGCCUCGAAUGCCAUGAUCUGGAUGAAUGUGCCAUCCAGGAACAUCAAUGCAGCCCAAGGGCUGAUUGCCUCAAUGCACCCGGGUCCUACCACUGUGCCUGCCACCCAGGAUUUGCUGGUGACGGCUUCUCCUGUGAAGACAGGGACGAAUGUGCUGAGGACAUGAACCUCUGUGAGAAUGGGCAGUGCCUCAAUGUACCCGGUGGAUACCGCUGUGAAUGUGAGAUGGGCUUCAACCCCGCCGAGGACCAUCAGACCUGCCACGAUGUGGACGAGUGUGCUCUUGGAGACAUCUGCAUGUUCGGGAGCUGUGAGAACCUGCCUGGAAUGUUCCGCUGUAUGUGUGACAAUGGCUAUGAGCAGGACCAAAGUGGCAGCAACUGUGCAGAUAUCAACGAGUGUGCAGACCCUGUGAACUGCAUUAAUGGCCUGUGUGUCAACACCCCUGGCAGCUACCUCUGCAACUGCCCCCAGGAUUUUGAGCUGAACCCCAGUAGGGUGGGCUGCGUGGACACCCGGGCAGGGAACUGUUUCCUGGACACCCAUGACCGAGGGGACAGUGGCAUUUCCUGCAGUGCUGAGGUUGGAGUUGGUGUCACCCGAGCCUCCUGCUGUUGCUCCCUAGGCCAGGCCUGGGGCAACCCCUGUGAACUGUGCCCCGUGGGAAACACCACUGAAUACAGAACCCUGUGCCCAGGUGGUGAGGGUUUUCGGCCCAAUCCCAUCACUGUCAUUCUGGAAGACAUUGAUGAGUGCCAGGAGCUUCCCGGUCUGUGCCAGGGAGGAGACUGUGCCAACACCUUUGGCAGCUUCCAGUGCCAGUGCCCACGUGGAUACCACCUCAAAGAGGACACCCGCAUCUGUGAGGAUAUCGAUGAAUGCUCUGUGCACCCAGGCAUCUGUGCCCCUGGCACAUGCUACAACACCCUGGGGAACUACACCUGUGUCUGCCCUGCGGAGUACCUGCAAGUCAACGGCGGCAAGCACUGCAUGGACAUGAGAGAGAGUGUGUGUUCCCGGCACUAUAACGGCACGUGUGAGAACGAGCUGCCCUUGAACGUGACCCGGAGGAUGUGCUGCUGCUCCUACAACAUUGGCCGGGCCUGGAACAGACCCUGUGAGGCCUGCCCCACCCCUGCCAGCCCUGACUACCAGAUCCUGUGUGGGAACCCAGUCCCCGGCUUCGUCAUUGACAUCCACACGGAAGCCCCUUGUCCCUGAUGGCUACUGUGACCCCUAGAUAUUGACGAGUGUGGGGAGAUCCCAGCCAUCUGUGCCCAUGGCAUCUGCAUCAACCAAAUUGGGAGCUUCCGCUGCGAGUGUCCCCUGGGCUUCGAGUACAACAGUAACUUGCUGACCUGCGAAGAUGUGGAUGAGUGUACCAGUAGAAAUCAUCCCUGCCAGAGGAAUGCAGACUGUGUCAACAUCCCUGGCAGCUACCGCUGUGAGUGUGCCCGAGGCUUCAAGCUGUCGCCCAGUGGGGCCUGUGUAGGACGGAAUGAGUGCGAGGAGAUCCCGAAUGUCUGUAGCCAUGGUGACUGUGUGGACACGGAGGGCAGCUACCUGUGCCUGUGUCACCAGGGCUUCCAGGCCUCGGCGGACCAGACCCUGUGCAUGGAUCUGGAUGAAUGUGACCAACAGCCAUGUGGAAAUGGGACCUGCAAGAACAUCGUUGGCUCCUACAGCUGCCUCUGUUUCCCUGGCUUUGUAGCAACGCACAAUGGGGACUGUGUGGAUGUUGAUGAGUGUACUACCUUGGUGGGACAGGUGUGCCGAUUUGGCCAGUGCCUCAAUAUGGCUGGCUCCUUCCGGUGUCUGUGCCAGGAUGGCUUCGAGCUCACGGCUGAUGGGAAGAAUUGUAUGGACAUCAAUGAGUGUCUUAGCCUCACGGGAACCUGCCGGUCCGGCACUUGUCAGAACCUCGAGGGCUCCUUCCACUGCAUCUGCCCCGCUGGCUUCCAGGUGCAGAGUGACCACUGUGUUGAUAUCAACGAAUGCUUGGAGGAGCCUAACCUUUGCCUCUCUGGCACCUGUACCAACAGUCCCGGGAGCUUCCAGUGCCUCUGCCCUCUUGGCUUUGUCCUCUCUGACAAUGGACACCAUUGCUUUGACAUGCGUCAGAGUUUCUGCUUCACUGGGUUUGAGGCUGGGAAAUGCUUGGUGCCCAAAGCUUUCAACACCACCAAGACCCGGUGCUGCUGCAGUAAGAGGCCUGGGGAAGGCUGGGGCGACCCCUGUGAGCUGUGUCCUCAGGAGGGCAGUGCUGCUUUUCAGGAACUCUGUCCCUUUGGCCAUGGGGCAGUCCCAGGACCAGAUGACACUAGAGAAGAUGUGAAUGAGUGUGCAGAGAACCCCAGUAUCUGUGCUAAUGGCCUUUGUAUUAACACCGACGGGUCCUUCCGCUGUGAAUGUCCCUUUGGCUAUAGCCUGGACUUCACCGGCAUCAGCUGUGUGGACACAGAUGAGUGCUCUGUCGGGCACCCCUGUGGAGAAGGCACGUGCACCAAUGUCAUUGGAGGUUUUGAAUGUGCCUGUGCUGAUGGCUUUGAGCCUGGCCCCAUGGUGACCUGUGAGGACAUUGACGAGUGCUCCUUGAACCCGCUGCUCUGUGCCUUUCGAUGCCACAACACUGAGGGAUCCUACCUGUGCACCUGCCCAGCCGGCUAUGCCCUGCGGGAGGACGGGGCCAUGUGCCGAGAUGUGGACGAGUGUGCAGAUGGGUUGCAAGAUUGUCACAUCCAAGGAAUGCUGUGCAAGAACCUCAUCGGGACUUUUUCCUGCAUCUGUCCCCCAGGCAUGCAGCCACAGCCUGGUUCUGAGGAGGGCUGCACAGAUGAGGACGAAUGCCACACUCAGCCCAGCCUCUGUGCUCAUGGACACUGUGUCAAUACUGUGGGCAGCUUCCAGUGCAACUGUGACGAGGGCUUCCAGCCCAGCCCCACUCUCACCGAGUGCCAUGACAUCCGGCAGGGGCUGUGCUUCACAGAAGUGCUGCAGGCUAUGUGCCAGGCCCGGUCAAGCGGUAUUGAAGCUGUGUCCAGGGCUGCAUGCUGCUGUGGAGGCGGCCGGGCCUGGGGAUCCCAUUGCGAGCUCUGUCCCCUGCCUGGCACUUCCACCUACAGGAAGCUGUGUCCCCACGGCUCAGGCUACACGACUGAGGGCCUAGAUGUGAACGAAUGCCAUGUGCUUGCUCACCUGUGCCCCCAUGGCGAGUGCAUUAACAGCAUUGGCUCCUUCCGCUGCCACUGCCAGGCUGGGUACACCCUGGACUCCACUGCCAUUUCCUGCAUUGACGUGGACGAGUGCAGCCAGAACCCCAAGCCAUGUUCCUUCCUCUGCAAAAACACGGAGGGCAGCUUCCUGUGCGCCUGCCCCCGCGGCUACCUGCUGGAAGAAGAUGGCAAGAUCUGCAAGGACCUGGAUGAGUGCUCCUCCAGGCAGCAUAACUGCCAGUUCAUCUGCCUCAACACCAUCGGUGCCUUCACCUGCCGUUGUCCUCCCGGCUUCAUCCAGCGCCACCAGGCCUGCUUCGACAAUAACGAAUGCUUGACCCAACCUGGCCCAUGUGGCACCCGAGGACACUGCCACAACACCCCAGGCAGCUUCCGCUGUGAGUGCUACCAAGGAUUCACCCUGGACAGCUCUGGCCGUAGCUGUGAAGAUAUAGAUGAAUGUGACGGUCCCCAUCGCUGCCAGCACGGCUGUCAGAAUGAGCUGGGAGGCUACCGCUGCAGCUGUCCCCAGGGCUUCACCCAACACUCCCAGUGGGCCCAGUGUGUGGAUGAGAAUGAGUGUGCAUUGUCACCCAUGGCCUGUGGCAGUGCCUCCUGCCACAACACCCUUGGUGGCUUCCACUGUGUCUGCCCCUCUGGCUUCGAAUUCAACCAGGCCCUUGGGGGCUGCCAGGAUGUGGAUGAGUGUGCCAACCGUGACAGCCCUUGCAGCUAUGGCUGCGCCAACACGCCUGGUGGCUUCUUGUGUGGCUGUCCCCGAGGUUACUUCCGGGCUGGACAAGGGCACUGUGUCUCCGGCUUGGGCUUCCACCCUGGACUUCAGGACACCUCAGAUGAAGUGGAGCCACUGUCAUCUGAAGCCUGCUACGAAUGUAAGAUAAAGGGCUUCUCCUCUCCAGACCGGCCACGACGCAGCACUCACAGGGGCCACCAGGUGAGCUUGGCCACUCUUGAUGCGGAAGUGCCCCUGACCUUGGGCCUGAACCUCUCACGCUUGGGCCAAGCCCAGCAUAUCCUGGAGCUGCGGCCGGCUUUGGAGGGUCUAGAAGGCCAGGUUCGCUAUGUCAUCGUUCAUGGCAACAAGAAAGGUUUCUUCCACAUGCACCACCUGGGUGGCUUUAGCUCCCUGCAGCUGGGGCGUCAGAGGCCAAAGCCUGGGUUGUACCAGCUGGAGGUGGUGAGCGUGGCAGGGGCUCAAAGUGUCCAGCCAGGGCCAGUGGGCCAGGCCUUGCGGCUGAAUCUGAAAUUACAGCUGCUGUAAUUGGGAGGCACCUCUAUGAACCCCAGAACUCCUGAACCAUCUGGAGGUGGAGAUUGUAGAACUAGGAAAAACUGAUGCUCCAGUGGCAGUGGCUGAGCAGGUCAAACCCCAAAACUCAGGAAGAGUGGAAUGCUAUAUCACAUGACCUCAGACAAGCUCAGCCCCAUGCCAGGACCCUCUUUGCCAGCCUGGGGGACCCCAACACUCAGUCUUUCUUGGAGACAGCUAGAAGCUGCAGUGUACCUCCCACACACACACACACAGCCAGGGUCCAUGGGGGGCCCAUUGGUCACUGUUUCUGGUCUAUCUCAGGCUUAAACUUCUAUACUGCACUGUGGCUCACCCCAGGGAGGGGGUUGUCAGUGGGACAUGGGGUGUAGGGCUCAUCCCUCAAAGCAGAAAGGGGAAUCCUGACCCUACAGCCACAGCACCCAUGUUCAUUCCUCCAGG